AUGUCAUCUCCUUAUAAGAAUUUGUUCGUGUGGGCCGCGGUGGUUCUUCUCCCGGCGGCGGUGCUGGGGGAGUGCACUUGCGAGCCGGAGGAGGAAGGCGAUGAGAGCAAGAGCCUGGCGCUCAAGUACAAGGUGGGGGCGAUCGCCGCCAUUCUGGUGGCGAGCGCCGUCGGGGUGAUGCUGCCGGUGGUCGGGAGGAGGGUUCCGGCGCUGAGUCCGGAGAGGAAUUUCUUCUUCGUGAUAAAGGCCUUCGCCGCCGGGGUGAUUCUGUCGACGGGGUUCAUACACGUGCUGCCGGAUGCAUUCGAGAGUUUGACUUCGCCGUGUAUUCCGGCGAGCCCGUGGGGGGAUUUUCCGUUCACCGGGUUUAUCGCCAUGCUCUCCGCCAUUGGGACGCUGAUGGUUGACACGUACGCAACCUCGUACUACCGGCGUCGGUCGGGGGUGAAGGCGGUGGAGGGCGGCGGCGAUGAAGAGGGAGGGGCGGCGGUUGUUCCGGUUCAUGCACAUGCACACGGGUCGGUUUCUUUGGAACCGGAUUCUGGUGAGACUGAUCUCCUUCGCCACCGUGUCAUUUCUCAGGUUUUGGAAUUGGGAAUCAUAGUACAUUCUGUAAUAAUUGGAAUUGCAUUAGGAGCUUCACAAAGUCCAAAAACAAUAAGACCACUAAUUGCAGCUUUGUCUUUUCAUCAAUUCUUUGAAGGCAUUGGUCUUGGUGGCUGCAUUACUCAGGCAAGGUUUAAAGCAAGGGCAGUAACAAUAAUGGCAUUAUUCUUCUCCAUAACAACCCCAGUUGGAAUCGCAAUCGGAAUCGGAAUAACUAACAUCUACAGCGAAACGAGCUCAACGGCUCUGAUUGUACAAGGAGUUUUCAACGCAGCAUCGGCCGGAAUAUUGGUCUACAUGGCGCUCGUCGAUCUUCUUGCUGCCGAUUUUAUGAGCCCGAAACUGCAAAGUAAUGGAAAACUUCAACUAGGGGCAAAUCUGUCACUUCUAAUUGGUACUGGUUGCAUGUCUUUCAUAGCCAAGUGGGCUUGA